UUCUCCUACGUUCCCGAUUCUUCGCAUAUUCCCCCCAAUUUCUCUCUCGCGAUUCUUAGGGUUUUCAAAAAAAAAAAGGUCCUUCGAAUCUCAUCUCCCCCAAUUGUUUUUCUCCUCCACGAUCGGAGUCAGAUUCCAUUCACUACGUAGCAAAAUCUGCAUUCCCUGAGAUUUUUCCCGUUCCUGUUCGGUUUCUAAGAAAAAGAGAAUUAGUUCCCCACGGUAUUUUCCCGAUCGAGUUUGCAGCUUGAUUGAAUCAGGUUUGUUGAAGCUAAGAUUGAGUUUGAGAGGUCAUCGUUGAAGAAUCGAUUGCGUUUUACUGUCAAUUCAGGCAUUUGAAUAUCUGGAGAUGAUAAGUUUCCAGGAAACCCGCGUUUGAUGGACUGUGCACCAGCCAGUAGUGACAAGAAAACAUUGAAGAAGUGGUUUUUCAUUGACAAAACGGUUGGAUAAAGAAACGUUCCCAAGAGGCCUCUGUUAGAAGAACUAAUCUUUCCUUAGUUGCCGUUGGAAGAUCUGUGCCGUUUAUGGAGUUGAAUUCGAGUCCCACAUCUCCUGUUCUCCCUGACCCUGCACCAACCAACAAAACAAGGCUCGACGUACCUUUGGCUUCGGUGCCUUAUAUGCAGUCAGGGACAGCGUUUUCGUCGGGGAAAUUUAUAAUGUCUCCAAGGAGAAAGCCUACUAAGCUCGAAGAUGUUAGAUCCAACGGUUGGUUGGACGCCAUGAAAUCCUCAUCGCCACCACGAAAGAAGCUCAUCAUGGAUUUCAAUGUGGAGGUUGCUACAGAAGAUGAUUUUGCUCACAGAGCCUGGCUGCUCAAGUACCCUUCGGCAAUCAGCUCGUUUGGACAUAUUGCAGCUGAAGCAAGGAGCAAGAAGAUAGCUGUAUUCCUAGACUAUGAUGGGACACUCUCUCCCAUAGUAGAUGAUCCUGAUCGUGCCAUUAUGUCUGAUUCUAUGCGCGCAGCAGUUAGAGAUGUAGCAAAGUAUUUUUAUACAGCAAUAAUUAGCGGUAGAAGCCGCGACAAGGUCUUCAAGUUGGUAGGACUAACUGAACUCUAUUAUGCGGGCAGUCAUGGAAUGGAUAUCAUGACCCCCGUAAAUGAUCACCCGAAUUGUAUAAAAUCUACUGACCGGCAGGGUAAGGAGGUGAACCUCUUUCAGCCUGCCAGAGAAUUCAUACCGAUGAUCAACGAGGUUUUUAGAUCGCUCGUUGAGAAAACAAAGGGUAUUGAAGGGGCAAAAGUAGAGAACCACAAGUUUUGUGCAUCUGUACAUUACCGUAACGUUGAGGAGAAGGAGUGGCCGACCAUUGCUCAACUCGUUCAUGACCUCUUGAAACAAUACCCUCGUUUGCGUCUAACUCACGGGAGGAAGGUAUUAGAGGUUCGUCCAGUGAUUGACUGGAACAAGGGAAGAGCGGUCGAGUUUCUGCUCGAGUCUCUCGGACUGAGUAACAGUGAUGAUGUGCUCCCCAUUUACAUUGGAGACGACAAGACCGACGAAGACGCUUUCAAGGUGUUGAGAGAGGGAAGCCGUGGAUUUGGGAUAUUAGUGUCAACCGCACCCAAAGAAAGCUACGCAUCCUACUCCCUCAGAGACCCUUCCGAGGUGAAGAAGUUUCUGAAGGCAUUGGUGAAAUGGGCUAAGAUGGAAAAAUCCACCUUAUGAUGGAUGGAUGGUGGAAGUAUUUGAAGGAAUUGAAGUUUUUUCCUUUGGUCCUCUUUAGUUUAUCACAUGGUUUAAUUUAUAUAAACUCUCAUUUUUCCCAGCCCAUUGAUUUUUAUUAUAUUUAUUUAUUUGUUC